AUGACGACGGGCACUCCCCCAACGUCCCCGCCGCGCGCGAGGUCCACCGCCGCCGCCGCAUCGGGCGCGCCUCGUUCCCCCGCCCCCCCGAGCGCGACGCGCGAGCUUGACGACGACGCCGAGAGAAGAUUUGGAGGGGGGAUCCAAGCCUCGGGGCGACCGACGCGCACCUCCUCGGUCCCCGCGCCGUGGUCCCCGGGCAAGGCCAUCGCCGGCGGGAACAACGUCGCGGGAUGGCUUCGCUCCCGCCUCGGCAUGGAACCCAACGUCGGGACGGAUCAAACCGCGUCCGAAGACCAGCGCGGUGCCGCCGACGACGUCGACAUCGUCCCACCCGGCAACGCGCCCGCGUCGCCAGCCAUGACGAACGUCACCACCCUCGGCGACGUCCUCCUGCAGGCGGACAACGAGCAGCUCUUCCGCCACGGGCUCUUCAACGCCGUCGGGAACGCCAUCUUACUCUGCGUCAUCGGCCUGUGCUACUGCGUGUUACUCCUCCUGGAGCAGUUCCGAUCGCCCAUCCUGUGGGCGCUCCUGGUGUCGCUCGCGUUGCGAGACGUUAAAACGGCGACGGUGUCUUUUUGGACUCGAGCGCUGAGAAAAUACACGCUCAUCGGCCUCGUGCUCACGCCGUUCGCGGAGGCGCGCGUGGCGAUCGCGACGGCGGCGCGCGGGAUCGAGCGCGCGAUCGCGCGCGCCGCGAGGGGCGACCUAACCACUCGUUUACGUUUUGGUUUUGGUUUUGGCAUUUUUGGCGAUGCCAAACGAGUAGCGGAGAAGAAGACCCCGCCCGCGUCACCCGUGCGCCGCGCGCUGACGUCGCCGCUGAAGAUGGUCACCCUCGCGUCGUCAUCGCCUCGGUCUCCGGGGGCUAGGCUUCGAGCGCUGCGCGCCGCGCUGACGGAACCCGACACCCCGCCCGGCGGCGACGCGUCACCGAAAACCAAAAAUUGCCAAAUGUCGGCGUCAAACUUUCACUUCCGGUGGCUCCUCUGCGCCGGCGUCGCGCUCGAGGCGUGGAACGUCGUGGCGAGGGACUGGGCGCUGACGAGGUCGAUCGUGGCGCUGGCGCUCGUGGCGCUCGUCGCCGGCGCGGCGACGAUCGGUCUCUUGGUGGCGGCGCACUGGUACACGUUCGCCAGGCCCGGGGCGUUUUUCCCAUCGGCGGACAUCAACGCCAAAGGUUUCGCCGUGUUUCAAGGUACUUCGGUGCCCGGCUUUGGCUCGAUCCGUCACGCGCUGGCUCGCGCGCUCGCGUCGUCGUCCCCGGGCGGCUCGCGAACGCUGCGCGCCAAGACGACGGCGGCGUACGCCCGGUGCGACCUGGCGAUCCGCGAGGCGCUAAUCGCGUCGCUCCACUUUGUCGUCGCCGUCGGUCUAAUCACCGGCGGAAUUGUCUUUGUCGCCGCGACGACGGCGUUUUUCACCGUGAACAUCGCGCGCGAGUCCUCCGGCGCGGUGGCGGCGCUUGCGGCUUCCAGCGGCGGCGCCUUGAGCGAGUUUAACUCCGCGAGUCGUUUCUCGGUGGGAAACGCGUUCGGCGCGGGGGGCGCCAUGGCGGACGGCGGCGCGAAGAUGAUGGACUCGAUGUACGUCGCGUACGGGCGAGCCGUGGAGAAGCAUCUGCCGUCGGCCAUCGAUUGGGCGGCGUCGCACGUCGAGCGAACGUUCCCGGGCGCAAACGCGACCGAACUGUGGGAGUCCAUGCAGCACAUAUACGCGCAGCUCUCGGACGACGACGGAGUUAGAGGCGGUGGACAAGGCGGCGGUUCCGACGCGUGGGCGACGAGCGUCAAGGAAGCCGGGUCCCGGCUCGGGUCCGGUGACUUCGCCGGGGCGUUUUCCAUUCUCCGAUCUUUCGGCGACGACGUCUUCGGGUUCUUACGGUCCUCGCACGCUCACUCGGGUGGGGGUUCGGGUUCGCAUCACAUCGUGCCCGGGAUGGAUAACCUCGUGAGGGUCACGAACGCGCUGGCCGAGGCGCUGAAGGAGCGCGCGAGCGGCAUCUUAGCGCACGGCGGCCGAGGGCUCGCGGCGGUGACGGCGUGGACGGCUCGAGCCUCCUUCGGCGUCUUCGGCGUGGCGGGCGGCAUCGUCAACUUUAUCCUCAAGGCUGUGGUAUUUUUGACGGUGCUGUUUCACAUACUAAACUCGGAGCUCGACCCGGCGGUCAGGCUCGUGGAGCUCAUACCGGUCAACGACAGGGUGAAGGACGUGGCGGUGCACUCGCUGACGCGAGGGGUCCGAGGAGUUUUCGUGUCGUGCGCCAAGCUGGCGCUUUUUCACGCCGCGUUUACGUGGGUCACGUUUCGAGCGUUUGGGGUACACUUCGUGUACACGAGCACGCUGGCGUCGGGGGCGACGGCGAUUUUGCCGUUGCUGGCGUCGUGGUCCGUGUCCGUGCCCGCGGCGCUCGGUCUGUUGGCCAAGGGCGAGGGUUUAAAGGGCUUCGCUCUGGUGGUGAUGCACUGGGUCGUGUUGAUUUUCGUGGACAUCGACAUCUACCAGUCGGAGAUUCAGGUGGUUCACCCGUACAUCGUCGGCCUCUCCGUGGUUGGUGGGAUGAGCGUGUGGGAUCACGCGCUGGAGGGGGCGGUGCUCGGGCCGCUGCUCGUCACGGCGCUGGCGACGGCGAGGAACGUGUACAGGGAGCUGGUCAGGACCCCGCCGGCUGGCGGUGUCGGCGGGGGUGGCGGGGGGGGCGGUAUGGGUGCGACACCGGCGACGGCGAGGAUGACGGCGACGGCGCGCAGGCGGGCGAACGGCGCGCGCGUGGGUUGGACCCCGGGGCGUGCGUAG